AACGUUGCCUCAUACCUUCCGCUGUCGUCUUUUUGUUCACUAUGAAUCUGAAACUAAAUACUAUAUUUCAAAUUUUAGUAUUUUUGUCAGGUCUUUUAGCAGCCUCAUGGUCAGCCGCCACCGAGUCCAUCAGGGCAGUAGAGUCUAAACCUUCUGCCACAGAGGCAACUGUUGUUACAGUACCACCUCCAAGUAAAUCUGCCAAAGUAACCUUAGAGGCUGGAGAACUCACAGAAGUUUCAACCAAGAAACCCCUUGAAAAGAAAGAAGCAAUAAGCAAAACAACAACAACACGAGCACCGGAAGUAACCACAAAGACUUUGUAUCGUCUCAACGCAGAGGGAGGCACAGCAUGCAUCCUGCUAAGGACCGACGCUCUCAUAGAGUUCACGUACACCACAAGGCUAAAAGAGGAGAUCGUUAAAGACAUUUAUGUGCCUGAAACAGCGGAAACAGACGGCACAUGUUUAGAAGACGAAGCACGACUGGAACUUAAGUGGCCUGAUUUUAAUCUAAAAUGGUAUUUUGAAAAGACCCCUGGAGGAGAGAGAUGGUUUGUCGACAAAAUAGAAUUGUGGUUUGACGCUGGAAGCUCUCGACUGGAACACAUUAAAAAUCCAGAUCAGAAGCUGACACUGUCCACCCCCAAGAGUCACAGCGCGUUGUUGUACGUGACUCCGGUGGGUCAGGCCUACACCUGUCUGAGAGAACUAGAGGUCAAGCUGACCAAUCCCCGUAGCGACAUUAAGGCCACAGUGCUGCUACGAGAGCUGGAAGUACAACCCUUUAUAUUUAAAAACAGCAACUUUGGUCCAGAAUACCAUUGCCCGGCACCAGGACAAAGCACGUACCGCAGUGAGACGGCACCUCUUAUCGUUGGCAGCAUCUUAGCCGCCGCCUGCCUCGCUACCAUUACCGGCUACAGCGUCUUCCGCUACUUCAAGAUCAAGAAAGUCCAAUAUGACACCAUGGAGUAAUCAACUCGGUGCUGCUUUCAUCAUUACUCUAAGCCAUCUCACUUUCUCCUAUUGGUAACUAAUUCAUUGUUUUAGCGAUAGUCAAACACCACUAGAUAUUUGUUUUCAAUAUUUACAAGUUUUAUCAAAAUAAGAUUUUGAACUAAAAUUGUGUACAGUAUUUUUAAUGGAUGGAAAACAUGGAUGUUUCAUGGUUGCGAUUUUAAGUCUAUUACUUUUCUAUUGCUAGGUGGAGUUAACAAAAGAUUGUUCUUCAAUUUUGUAAAUUUUCAUUCAUUGGUAUAACAACUUAUUUAACCUAUUAUACUGCACUGGUAGUUAAUGUUUUACUUAUUUAUUUAUUGUUUUUAUUAAUGAUUGUUUCAACCAAAUUCGCAACAUUAUUUUCAAGCACAAGCAAAAUAUUAAUUUCAUUUAUAAAUACAGUCAAACCUCUAUAAGAUGAAUUUCAAGAGGUAGGGGAAAAAUUUGUACUAUCGAGGUACUGUAUUCUUAUCCUUAUAUAUAAGAAUAAAGCUAUUGUUGAAUCACUCCUAGACUACCCUGGGUGGAUAGUGAUUAUAUUGUUACCAACUAAACAAAUUAUUUGUUUGCAGCCAUUGAUAAAUAAAAUAACAGUUUUUGUGAAAUUGUGCCUUUAUUCACAUGGUUUACAAAAAAAAUUACUAUAGGGUGUUUUUUUUUUUUUAAUUAUAUAUUACAACCCUCUCUAGUCAGAUUUUCAAUCUGUAACUUACUACUGUUGACUACUUAUUAACUCUUAUCCUAUAAUUAUUAUUUUUUUUUUAUUAUUGUAGUAGGCUACCAGUCUGUGUUGAGUUGUUUUAUGUUUUUCUAAAGGACAGUGUAAUAUUUUUAUACUAACUCAAUCCUCAUUUGAAAAAAUAGUACAGUGGAACCUCGAUAACAAGACUUUCAUGGGGAUUAUUAAAUAAGACUUGUUAUCAAGGUUUGAAAUAACAUGUGAUUCUAGAGGAUUUGAAAAUGACACUUGGACUUGUUAUUGAGGUUCCACUGUAUUACCAUUGACUAUUGGAUACUGAAGUAGACAUCCCAUAUACAGGGUGUCCAUAAAAAACGUUUCAGGACUUUGGGAAAUGAAUCCUCAUACUAAAAGGAAGAAAAGAGUUUAUGUGAAGGUAUGUCCGAAAAAUCAUACCCAGUUAUCUGCCACUUAGUUUUUAUACAACAUUUUUUUUCUGUGAAGUUUUUCAUUCGAUGAUUAUGAAAUUUGGUAACCAUGUUAACAUACAAAAGACCUAUUAUAAAAAAAUAUAUAAAGUUGUUCCGGUUGUAAAUUUCAAAAUGGCGGCCGUUUGAAUUUUUUUAACUCAAAAACUGCUAAUUCUAUGAAAAAAUGCCAAGAAUACUUUUUUUUUAGCAUUUGUUAUUCCCUAUCAUACGAUAGCAAGAUCAAAAAAAUCGGACAAAAGAUAACUGUCAAUGCUGAAAUAUAACGGUUUUUGUGUUAAAAUAAGGCAAAAUUAGUCGGGGAACCCUUAAUUUUACCUGGUCUUACAGCUAAAAAACGUCCUAUUUGAGUUAUUUGUCGUUCGAUAUUUUUGAUCUUGGUUUCGUCUGAUAGGGAAUAGCAAAUGCUAAAAAAAGUAUUCUUGAAGUUUUUUCAUAGUAUUAGCCGUUUUUGAUUUAUUUAAGUUAUAAAAGUUCAAACGGCCGCCAUUUUGAAAUUUACAAUUGGAACAACUUUAUUAUUUUUCCAUAAUAGGUCUUGUGUAUGUUAACAUGGUUAUCAAAUUUCAUAAUCAUUGAAUGAAAAACUUCACAGAUAAAAAUAUGUUUGUAUAAAAAACAAAAUGGCGGAUAACUGGGUAAAUAUGCAUUUUCGGACAUACACAUACACUUUUUUCUUCCUUUUGGUAUGAGGAUUCAUUUCCCAAAGUCUUGAAACGUUUUUUAUGGACUGCUGUUUUAUAUGGACCAGCUGUAGCCAAUAUUUAUAGGUACCUAUCACUGAAGGACACUACUACUCCCAUUUACUAGAAGGAUCCUGAUGUAGUCCACAUUUUGUUAUUGAAUGAAAACAAGUUAAUUGUUUCUCAAUUUAAUGAUUUACUGUACUUGAAAAAUAACAAAGUGUGUGCUGUACUUUAGAGUAUUUCCUUUCAAAAGUAUAUUUCUAGUGAUAAUAUCUAAAUAGAAUUUAAACUCACAUAAUUAUUUUAAAUAUUAUAAUUUAGCAAACAAAAACUUAUAAGUUUAUUGCCUAAUCAGUUUUUUAGUUAGCCUAUUAAUAAUAAUUAAUUGUUGUGGUUAUGAAAUAAUAGUAUUACAAUAUAAAAUCUCUAAUUAUGGCAGACAAAUUUACAGUAUUUGAGUUGUUAAUGUUAGCUGAGUAUAUUUACGAAUAAUUUUUAUAUUUUUAAUGUUCGACAAAACUUUCACAGCAUGUGAAAGUUUUUAAACAAGAAUUGUUGUUUUGAAGUGACACAUCAUGUUGUAUAAUUAGUUUUAAGAAAAAGCUAGGACUUAAACAAAUUUAGCAAUCGGCCCAAGUACUACUAAGGAGGCACUAGCUUCUAUUUUGACACUAUAAUUCUCACAAAAUUCAUAACAAGCAUAUCUUGCAAACUAAACCUUAAGGAUCAGCCUUACUUUUUUUUAUCUUUUGAAGUAACAUCCAAUUUAAUUAUCCUAAUAAAGAAUAAUUCCAUAAAUCAUUUUAUUCUGCUAAUGCUUCAAAAUUGCAACUUUGCUUAAGUCCUACAAAAGAAAUGUACAUAUAAUUUAAGUAUAAUUAAUUGUUAUUGUUGUCUAAGCACUAUUGCAUUAAUUGCUGUUUUACUAUUUACAGUACCACUUUCUCCAUUAUUAUAAUGUCAAUAGGUGUACUUAAUCAAACAAACCGAUUAAUAAUGUAUUCAGAUUAAUGUUACUGAUUUCAUACAUUUUCUGUAUUUAUUUUGACCCCUCUCACUUUUUACUCUAUUUAAAUAGUAAAUCUAAAAAAAAAACUACUCCAACUUAUUAUUGUUUUACGCAGGCAAGGAAAGAUAGACAAUUACUCCAAAUUUCAAAGGUUGAAGUUUACUUUAAAACAUUCUCUGAUGUAUAAAUAUGAAAAUAAAAACAAAGGAGAUAAUUUGUAUGACCUGUUUAUUGUUGUUUGUUCUGUAUAAAAGAGAAUUUUAAAUAAUAUUAAGUAUAUAUCUUGCUUUAUGAUUAUUUUAUUGUUAGUGUUAGUAUCAGUCUGUAAGGGGCUAAUGCUUUGGUAGCUAGUCGAGCAUUUAUAGAGCUCAAAAAUUAAAUUUAUGCAUCGUACAAAUCUUUACUGCCGGGUAAAGUAUUUAAUUUAAAAUAAAUUGAACAAAUUUAUUUACUAGUGCUAUAUACUGAUAAUUUUGUUUCUGUAGUUUCCAAGCAAUUAUAGAUAUUAUUUUUAAAUACUUAUACAAUUAGUUUUAGGAUAAAUAAAUACAAUUAAUUGGGAAAUUCUUAAUCAAGUGCAUGAAAGUAAUAAUCAACUCAAUUUGAAUUUUUUAACACGAAUGUUUUAAGUUUUAACAAAGAUAUAAACAAAUAUCAGAUCAAGUUCAUUAGAUUAAGUAUUUUUUUGAUACAAUGUAACUUAUAAUUGGUUCUGAUGUUUAUGAUACUCCCAAGAAAAUGUAUAUAAAUUACCUAAGUUUUUCCCGUUCACUUUAUUUUUCUGUAAAGUUUAUACAGUAAAACCUCAAUAUUUAUCAAAUCCAUAGAUAUGGCUGAAAUAUUUCAUAUUUCCUUGUUCAAAAUGCACUGUUCCUUGAUCUAUUGCAAGUUUAAACAAAACCGUCUUUUUUAUUUUUUAGCUUGGAACUGAUUCAAACAUUUACUUCAGGCUAUAUUUAGAGGUUUGGAUGCAUUAUCACUUAGAUAGAAUCCAUUGGUGUUUGGCAGGGUUUGAACCUAGAAUCUUUGGAACAGAAGUCGCACGCUCAACCACUAGAUCAGCUUGCUCCCAUAUAAUAGUUCUCAUUGGCAUAAUAAAUCGCCAUAAAACUGAUCAUCCAACGUUUUUUAUAAAACGCAUAAAUACUUUAAACAAUUAAUGUAACAUGUUUUAGUAUGUUUAGGAAACAUUUCUUUAAUUGGAAUUUAAGUACCCUGACUAAACUAUGUAAUGUUAACAUUCAGCCUAUUGAGGUUCUACUGUACCUAAAAUGUUGCAUCAUGCUGUCUUUUGUUUAUAGAAGCUAGUUUUGAAAGAAUGUGUAAAUAUGAAUCUUAGAGACUAGGAUAUUGAUGUAAGCGUGACAGUGACAUCGUAGCUUCGUACCUAGUCAAUUCUUAGCAUUAUUGGGUGUGCUAUAAAGAUCGUUAAGUGAUUUGUAUUAUUCAAUCGUCUUCCAUGUUAUUUAUUCGUUUAUGUCAACUGAGUUUAAAAAGAUUAUAAAAGUGCUAAUAUAUUAAAUAAUUGAUUAGUGUUA